AUGUGGGAUAUUCUCCCCGCUAGAAAGAAAAAGACAGGUACACCAGCUGCUGCUGCUGCUGCUGAAGCUGCUGCUGCUGCUGCUGCUGCUGAAGCUGCUGCUGCUGCUGCUGCUGCUGAAGCUGCUGCUGCUGCUGCUGCUGAAGCUGCUGCUGCUGCUGCUGAAGCUGCAGCUGCUGCUGCUGCUGCUGAAGCUGCUGCUGAAGCUGUUGCUGCUGCAGCAGCUGCUGCAGAAGAAGUAGAAGCAGAAGGCGUUCUGGCUUACUGCCUUGUCAACGGCGCUGCGGACCCUGGAGAGUCGCAGCGCAGCAGCAGCAGCGUGGCUGCGCAGCAAACACCAGCAGCAGCAGCAGCAGCAGUACAAGACACACUGGCGUCUGCAGCAGGAAGAGAUGGAGGCCCAGCAGCAGCAGCAGCAGCAGGAGCAGACGCAAGCGCAAACGCAGACGCAGCAGCAGCAGCAGCAACAGCAACAGCAACAGCAGAAGCAAACAAGCCCAGGGAUGCAUGCUUGGAUUUACCAACUCCUCAUUCUCGUUUAGAGAGUUUUCGUUUGUGUUCAUUUUUACGUCCUUUAUAUUUUUCUCGCUUUGAUGCGCGGGUGUCUCUUGAGCGGCAGCUGCUGCAGCAGCAUCUGCAGCAGAUUGUGCUGCAGGAAGCAGAUGCUGUGCUGGUGCUGCGCGAUGGGAUCGUCGAUCCCACCCUCAGCAGAGGCAAAGGAAUCAUAGCGAGUCAGAUGGAAGAUCAGGAAGAAGUCGCGGGAACAGCAGCAAGUGCCCUUAAAGGCCUGCAGCAGCACAAAGAGCAACCCCACCACCAACACCACCCCAAGCAACCUAGCAGCAGCAGCAGCAGCAGCAGCUGCAGCAGCAAAGACACCGGUGAAGACGCAUGUGGAUGCGGCAGCAAGUCUGCAGCAGCGGCAGCCGAUGAUGCAGCAGCCGCAGCAGCAACAGAAGCAGCAGCAGCAGAAGUAGCAGCAGCAGAGGACUUGAACGAGGAGGAAGAAGAGGAGCAGCAGCAGCAGGAGCUGCCGUCAGUUUGCUGCAGCUUCUUUGAUUUAGUUGAUGCCUCUGUACGCGCAGAGAUCGAGAAAGAAAUAAAGUUUAUACCUGAGUAUUCAAACUACUGGCGCUGCAACACGCAGCCGCUGCACAGGGGACAGGUUGGGAAGACGAGUCGAAAGUACGACAACGACUUUGCAAUUUACGACUACCGCAAAUUUGACUUCGGAAUGGCUAAACUCUCCGCUCUCAACUUAGCAGGCAUGCAUGAUGCUGCUGUUCUUAUUGUUACAGACUGGGAGGAACAGCAGCAGCAGCAGCAGCAGCAGCAGCAGCAACAGCAACAGCAGCCUGCUGCUGAUGGUGCUGCUGCUGGUGAUCCGGCUGCUUCUCGUUCUCCUGCUGCUUUUGCUCCUGCUGCUGCAACUGCAAAGAGUCAGGACCAAGGAAGAGCUGCUGAGGGCUCAGCAGCAGCAGCAACAACAGCAGCAGCAGCAACAACAGAAGCAGCAGAGACUGAAAAGAGCCCACCUGCCUCAAAGAGGAAGCCAAUAGUGUUGCAAGUUGGGAAGACGAGUCGAAAGUACGACAACGACUUUGCAAUUUACGACUACCGCAAAUUUGACUUCGGAAUGGCUAAACUCUCCGCUCUCAACUUAGCAGGCAUGCAUGAUGCUGCUGUUCUUAUUGUUACAGACUGGGAGGAACAGCAGCAGCAGCAGCAGCAGCAGCAGCAACAGCAGCCUGCUGCUGAUGGUGCUGCUGCUGGUGAUCCGGCUGCUUCUCGUUCUCCUGCUGCUUUUGCUCCUGCUGCUGCAACUGCAAAGAGUCAGGACCAAGGAAGAGCUGCUGAGGGCUCAGCAGCAGCAGCAACAACAGCAGCAGCAGCAACAACAGAAGCAGCAGAGACUGAAAAGAGCCCACCUGCCUCAAAGAGGAAGCCAAUAGUGUUGCAAGUUAUUCAUGUCUCCACAACAGACGAAAUCGAUAGGAUCGGGCACAGCAGCAACAGCAGCAGCAACAGCAACAGCAACAGCAGCAGCAGCAGCAGCAGCAGCGCUGGGCCUGCAAGUCCCUUAGUCAAUCCUCGCUUUAUAAUUCACGUGGGGCGCAACGCCAAAUGCCGAGUGCAUCAAACACACGUCAGCUUCUCCUCUUUGCUGUCUUCCGCUGAGCAGGAGCAGCUCAAGCAAAUCAGGCAGCAGCAGCAACAGCAGCAGCAGAAGCAGCAGAAGGGCUUCCGAGGCCCCUUCAUCAACUCUGCCACCAGAGUGGUUGUGGAGGAGGGAGGCGAACUGCACCAUGUCUAUGCCCAGGAGCUGGAUGAGACUGCUAACCAUGUGGAGAAUAUCUCCGUCUGCUGCCGCCCUGGCGCGCAGUACCGCCUGACCCACGUCGACUUGGGGGCAGCCUUCAGCCGCUUCGCGCUGCAGGUAGAAGGGGCUGAGGGCUCUUCGCAUAUAUCCCGCGGGCUGUCGCUGCUGCACAAAGAGCAGAGACACUCCAAGUUUGAAAUGUUUCAUCACUUGGAGCCAAACGCAACCACCGACCAAGUGCAUAAAAGCCUCGUCGCAGGAAAAGGGAGAGCUGUGUGGCGGGGUCGUAUUCGAAUAGAAAGAGAGGGGGUUGGAGCUGACGCCUCCUCUUUAAAUCGCGUAGUUCUGCUGGAAGAUGGCUCCAGCUGUGUGGCAGUGCCUACGCUGGAAAUCAUACCCGAAGACAUCAAAAAGGCGACGCACGGGGCAGCUAUACGGGACUUCGAUACGGAGCCGCUCUUUUUCAUGCGAAGUCGGGGGCUUCCAACAGAGGAGGCUAAGCGGUUGCUGAUGCUGGCGUUUGCUGAGGACGUUGUGAGGCCAACGGAGGACCCGCAGCUGUCGGCGCGUGUGCAGCAGAAGGUGCAGCAAUUGCUGCCAAAGGGCGGCGAGAGAGGGGAAGAGAUGCAGCGCCACCACAUGUUCCGCGGGGGUGAUGGGGGUACCUGA